AUGGGAAGACUAGAUAUAGCUACUGCUCAAGCCUGGCAAUUGAGUUGUCAAGACACUGAACUUCAAAAAUAUGAAGAUUUGGAAAAUUUUCUUGUAAGACGAUGUACAGCAUUAGAGACCACAGAAGCGUGGAAGAUAGAGUCCGAAGAAACAAAAGAUUUAAACACAAAGAAGCAUGGAAAAUCCUCAAAUAUGAAAAGAGCACUAGUUGCAACAGAUGCGAAGAAAGUAAUUACGUGCGUUUGCUGUUCUGAAAAUCACAGACUAUAUAAUUGCGAAGCAUUUAAGAAAUUGGAGGUAGCCGCACGUAAGACAUUAGUUCGACAAUCCAGUUUAUGUUUCAAUUGUUUGGGACCAUUUCAUGCUGCCGAUGCAUGCAGGUCUAAGUAUUCGUGUCAAAAGUGUAAGCUUAAGCAUAAUACCUUGUUACAUUAUGAAGCCGCUAACGAAGCUAUAGCCACAUGUAAUCCAGAGGGAGGCGCCGCCGCCUGCGUAAUGUUAUCUACGCCCAACACCCUACCAAAGACGUCGUUGCCCAUAAGUACUACAAUCAACCAUGUAUUUUUAGCAACUGCGUUGGUAACAGUGAAGGACAGAUGGGGUGGUUACAGAGAGUGUCGAGCUGUUUUAGACAGUGAAUCUCAAAUUAAUUUUGUUUCGAAGAGACUAGCAAAUAUAUUACAACUUAACGCGAAGCUUACAGCGUUACCAAUAAGAGGCAUUGGAGGUAAUGAGACACAGGCUAGGUCAAGCCUAGAAUUAAAGGUAAAAUCACGAUUGAAAGACUUCUCGGUUAAUCUGAUAUGUCAUGUACUGCCAGUAAUUAUAUACGAAUUGCCCCCUGUGCCCCCACCAGCCAGUGGAUGGAAAUUUCCUAUUGAGUUGGCGUCAGAGUUGGCUGAUCCAAACUUCUGUCAGUCAGGGCCAAUUGACUUAUUGAUUGGCGGAGGAACCUUUUUUGAAUUAAUGGAAACGGAACGUAUCCCAUUAAGAAUCGACAAUAUGUCCCUGCAGAGCAGUAAAUUUGGAUGGAUUGUUACCGGAGAAAUGAAAAAUAUUUGUUAA